AUGCAGUCAAUUUGCUUGCUGCUGGGCCUCUCUGCCGCCAUAUCUGCUAGUCCUUUGAGUCAGCAGUUGCCCUUGAGCGAAACAGAGCCUGCAGGACAGGUGCUGGCUUCGCGCAAACCACUGAGUGGUCGAUUUUUGCAUAUAACAGAUUUCCAUCCCGACCGCCUCUACAAGUCCGGUACCUCGAUCGGUCGCUCGUGCCACCAUGGUGAUGGACCCGCAGGAUACUUUGGAGCCGAGGGUACCGAGUGCGAUUCACCCCUGUCCCUGGUGAACGAGACCUUCCGCUGGAUCGAGAACAACCUGAAGGAUGAUAUUGAUUUUGUGAUUUGGACCGGCGAUUCUGCCCGACACGAUAAUGAUGAAAAACUGCCUCGCUCGGCCGAGGAGAUUGUACAGUUGAACAAAUUUAUGGCACAAAAAUGGGUUGAGUUGUUCAGCCAGGGGCAAGGUGCGGAUACCACCGGCGCAGUCUCGAAGUUAUCGGUGCCCGUGAUUCCGACCUUUGGCAACAACGAUAUUAUGCCCCACAACAUUUUCAAGGAGGGCCCGAACAAGUGGACGAAGCGCUUUGCGGAUGUGUGGAAGGAGUUCAUCCCGGAGGAUCAGCGUCAUACCUUUGUGGAGGGCGGCUGGUUCACCUCUGAGGUGGUCCCCGGUCGGCUGGCGGUGAUCAGUCUGAACACCAUGUACUUUUUCGAGUCCAACAGUGCGGUCGACGGAUGCAAGUCCAAGUCGGAACCGGGUUAUGAGCACAUGGAGUGGCUGCGCAUCCAGUUGAAAAUCCUGCGGAGCCGAAACAUGAAGGCCAUCCUCAUGGGCCACGUUCCCCCGGCCCGCUCCAGCGAGAAGAAGAACUGGGAUGAGACUUGCUGGCAGAAAUAUACUCUUUGGAUACAUCAGUAUCGCGAUGUUGUUGUUGGCAGUCUUUACGGCCACAUGAACAUCGACCAUUUUAUGCUCCAGGACAGCGACAAGGUGAAUAUUGCCGAUGCUGACGGAAAGGUGUCUGUCCGCUCCAAGUCCGACUACCUUGAGUCACUCCGAUCCCAGUGGUCUUCAUUGCCCUCUCCCCCGACCGACGUCUUCGAGCAGCUUGACGAUAUCAUGUCUGACGGCGAUGAUUCUGAGGUCACGUCCGUGAAGAAGAGCAAGAAGCGCAAGUUCCUCGAGAAGAUUGGAGGCCCGUGGGCGGAACGAUACAGCGUGUCACUGGUUGCUCCCAGUUUAGUCCCGAACUACUUUCCAAGUCUCCGCGUGGUCGAAUACAAUAUCACCGAUCUCGAUGAUGUCGCACUCGACGUUGAUCUGACCUCUUACGAGACUCACUUUAUCUCAGAUGACCUUGAUGACACUGCAUACGAAACAUUUGAGUCCGACACCUUUCCUACAGAACCAGAGAUCCAAAAGAAAAAGAAAAAGGGCAAGAAAAAGAAGCCCAACUUCAAAAUCCCAGAACCCCCAUCGUCAACCGCUCCUCCAGGCCCCGCCUACUCCAACCAGGCGUUUUCGUGGCUGAGCUACACCCAAUACUUCGCAAACCUGACCCACAUCAAUCACGAGAUCGCAACAGGCCAGCAAGGCGACAAUCCUCAUAUCGACUUUGAAGUCGAGUACCGCACCGAUGAUGACGCGUACCAGAUGAAGGACCUUUCAGUGCGCAGCUACUUCCAACUCGCAGCUAGAAUUGCCGAGGAGGACCAAGCCGACGCAGACAGCGCCAGCGGCUCUAAUAGCCGGGCGGCUGAUUGGUCUGCCACCGAUAAAAAGAAGCCAAUCAACACUGCCUGGCGCGCUUUCCUGGCGCGGGCAUUUGUUGGAUAUGAGGAUAUUGAGGAUUUGAUUGACUAG